AGUGAAUGGAGCUGUUAUGGAAAGACGUUAUUUGGUCACGUGACGAACCAAUUCAAAUGAUUCCAUCUCAAAGGACAAUACGGGCGGUCUCUCUCUCUGCCUUCCUCGUCCAAUAGCGGCGAUGCAACCCGACACGAUUGGCUGAACUGUACGGCAUGUAUCCAAUCAGGAGCGAGGAAGCUGGGACCGCUCGAUGUGCAGCGCGACAUUCAAAGCCUGACUGACACAUUAUAAUGCAGCGGGCAGCAGCCAUGGCCGGGAUCAUGCAGCCUCUGGCAGCCAGCAGGAGACAACAGCCGCACUAUCGAGGUAACCACCAGCCUAGCCCCGGACAUAGCAUUGACAGGAGCCACACACCCAUCACUGCCAGCCCCGGACAUAGCAUUGACACUCCCAGCGACCGGAGCCACACACCCAUCACUCCCAGCCCCUGACAUAGCAUCAACCCAUCACUCCCAGCCCCGGACAUAGCAUCACACCCAUCACUGCCAGCCCCGGACAUAGCAUCACACCCAUCACUCCCAGCCCCGGACAUAGCAUUGACACUGCCAGCGACCGGAGCCACACACCCAUCACUCCCAGCCCCUGACAUAGCAUCAACCCAUCACUGCCAGCGACCGGAGCCACACACCCAUCACUGCCAGCGACCGGAGCCACACACCCAUCACUCCCAGCCCCUGACAUAGCAUCAACCCAUCACUCCCAGCGACCGGAGCCACACACACCCAUCACUGCCAGCGACCGGAGCCACACACACCCAUCACUCCCAGCGACCGGAGCCACACACCCAUCACUCCCAGCGACCGGAGCCACACACCCAUCACUCCCAGCCCCGGACACAGCAUCGACCCAUCACUCCCAGCGACCGGAGCCACACACACCCAUCACUCCCAGCGACCGGAGCCACACACCCAUCAAUCCCAGCCCCGGACAUAGCAUCGACCCAUCACUCCCAGCGACCGGAGCCACACACACCCAUCACUCCCAGCGACCGGAGCCACACACACCCAUCACUCCCAGCCCCCGCUACAUCAGCCAGGCACCCAUCACUCCCAGCCACACACAUCACUCCCGUCGACAGGAGCCAGACGCCCAUCACUCCCAGCCUCGGCGACAGCAGCCAGCGCUGAUUGGUAGCUGACUCCCUGUUAUUGUGGACCUCCUAUUUAUGGUGCUUAUUACCCCAGUUCACCCAAGCUGUGGGCCAUACUGGCUUCCCUUUGCCAGCUCAGGUAGCACUCUUAUUUCAGGGUGUUUAGUUUUUUUUUUUUUUUAACAAACUGAUGGCAUCCCUCUGCCUUCCUCCAUGAGCAGCACUAUCCUCAGACCAUAACCUGAUGGGUGCUGGCACCUUACGCAUUAUUUAUUUUAGCUCUUCUAUAUUGCAUGAACCUACAAUCCCACCUGUAGCACUGAGAGCCGUCUUCUAGACUAGCACCACUGCGUACAAUUAUGCCAGUGACAUGCCUGACUGAGCAUGAUGGGCGUCAUACACCAAACCGCUGGAGUGGCCAAGGCUAUCAUCACUAAUCUGCUGUUACCUUAUGGCUACCAUCCAGCACUGUAUGUGACUGCCACCCUCUCACUCACACAGAGUAUACUUUCUGAGUCCCCUGUUUUUUUUGUCCUCCUUCACUGGCACAUGGUACUGCUUUCUCUAACUGCCAAUACCAAUAAUAUUGAUAUCUCUGGAUCUAUAUUCGUUGCUGACCCCAAAACUGUUUUUACAGUUUCUUAAUUUUACACUAGUUCUAUGUCAAUCAAUCAGGCUUUCGUCCAAAUCACUCAACUUCCACUGCCCUCUUAAAAGUUUGCUAUGACAUCCAAAUUGGCAUGGAACAAGGAGACUUAACUGGAGCUAUUUUCCUUGAAUUUGCCAAGGCCUUUGACACAGUAGACCACUCAUUCUUUUGCAAAAACUUAAAAACUCAGGCAUUGGUGAUCUUCUGCUAACCUGGUUUUGAGCAUAUGUUUAAGACCGAUUGCAAUAUGUGGCCAUUUCUGAUAGCGCUUCCCUCCCUCUUCCAGUCACGUGGUGUUCCCCAAGGCUCUUUACUCUGCCCCCUGCUAUUCGCAUUAUUUAUAAAUGAUCUGCCUAACGUCUGCACAUACACAACUGCAAAACGUGUGCAGACGACACUGUAAUCUACGCUAGUAAAUCCAAGCUACUGGAGCUUUAGGCUGUGCUCCAAAACCAAUUCAGAGGUAGAAAAGUGGAUAGCGGAUAACAAACUCUUCCUGAACACUGACAAAACUGUUACAAUGAUCUUUGGAAGUGUACCUAAAUUACUUAAACUACAAAAUCAAUAACUGUAUCAGAACAAAUUCAAAUAGCACACUGACAUCAGUCUGCUCUUUUAAAUAUCUAGGUAUAUUGCUAGACCCCAAUCUAUCCUUUGGCCUUCACAUUAAAAAAAAAAUCUUCAAAACUCUACCCAAAACUAGGUGCCCUGUACAGAAACAAAUCCUGCCUAAGCCCUACAGUAAGUAACAGUGCAACAAAUGCUAAUGCCGGUCAUUUGAUUAUGGGGAUGUAGUGUAUGCACCCGCACUGCAAAGGCCUCUGACGUGGGGCCCCUCAUUAGCGAUAUCUCUAAAGCUCCCCUACAGCAUAAGAAAUCAGUUUUUCUCAAAUGAAUUCUGUCCACACACAAAUGGAACUGAUAUUGCUAAUACUGAACUUCCUCAUUCUCUCCAAAGAGAGGCCAUACAUAACAUGCAUUACGAAUGAAGACAGUUGCUUGGACAUUAUGUGGGACACACACAACUCAGCUAUUGUUAAACAAAAGUCAAUUUUCUACAUAAAUUGCACCCACAGCAGGCUGUAGUGAUUAUGAUGUUUAGAAUGCCUAUAUGAACUUUCCAGACAAGGGCUGCAUAAACAGCAACAAAGUGAUUUAACUCCUAAAUGGCAGUGAAACCUGAGAGGCAUGAUCUACACACAAAAACUACUUCAUUAAGCUAAAGUUCUUUAGUGUUCCUUUAAAGUGCCACUUUCAAUAGAAAUCUAAAAUUUUGGUAAAAUGAAAGACGCACUAUUCACACAGAAAGCACUUAGCAGUGUCUGUUGUUUCCAAGUUUGGUCACCAUGCAGUGCAACAAAUUCAACCAAUGAAUCAAUAAAUACCAUCCAACUAGGGACAAAUGGCGUUGCUAAUAUGUGUAACUUUUUUUUCAUUAGUUAUAUUAUAGACCAAGAUGUAUCUAAAAUAUGCAGUUUGCCAAACGAGUAACUUUAAUUUGUUUGUUUUUUCUCCUGUAUUAGAACAAAGGCGAAAGAAAGUUGAGGAAAUUUUAUCCAGAAAGAUGUCCAUCCCAAAGCCUUCACAGCCAACUGAGCAGCCAGCAAUCCGGUUAGUAUUGCAAUCUGGUAGUACCGCAAGGCUUGGCUCUCUGCAGGAUCUUCCAGCAGCAAAGAAAGCAGUAGGGGGAGCAAAACGAUUUAAGCAAAGAUAUUCCCCCUCACCAACAAAGGGUUAAAUAGCCUUUUAAAGUUGUUUUCCUGACACUAUAUAACCCCACAGUGCCACCCUCCCUUGCGUCCCGAGGGGUUAAAACUCCUUCAGUCAUUUACCCGAAUCCAGUGCUGGGUCAGGCUCCUCCCCUGCCAAAGUCAGCUGGCAGGGGAGACAUUAUGCACUUGUGCGGUAAUGGCCGCGCUUGCGUUGGGAUUUCCCCAUAGGAAUGCUUUGCUAUAGCAAAAAAUCUGACGCUGCAUGUCUUAAUGCACAGCGUGAGGACAUCCAGCGUCAGUUAAUGGACCGAAAGUCUGAUUCAAACCUGAAUGUCCUCUAGUUGCUGUUUGGUAGACAGCCACUGAGGGCAGACUUAGAGCUGCAAUGUAAACUAAGUGCAAAAGGGACACCACACCCAGACCACUUCAAUUAGCUGAAGAUGUCUGGGUGCCUACAGUGUCCCUUUAAAUAAAAUGUUUCUAAUGUGCCCCGUUUAAUGAAACUUCCUGCACUCUGUGAAGUUUCUCAGCCUUUUACCAUUUAACCAUUCUUUGGGCAAUUUUUAAAGAUGUGUAAUUUUUCUCCCUCCCCAGGUCACCUUUAACAGAGACGGGUAAUAAAACUCUCCUUCAAAGAACGGAAAUCCUUAAACCUGCUAUGCAGAAAAUGGUAUGUCAUAACUCUUACACUACUUUGUGUGAAGGUUGCCCUUGUGUGAUGUCAUCAGUGUCAUUCUUUGAGUUCUGUGUGAUUUUAAAUAUAGGAUACUGAGCCUGAAAAAAAAAGUUAUAAUGGUAUUGCACAGAGAAUAAAAUAUUCUCAAAUUCCUAUGAAAUGCCUAGUUUAAUUUUGCCUGUACCUUGUUUUGGCAAUUGAAGACAAAUUUAAAAAAAAAGGCAUUCUCUGGUGGCUGUAUGUCCAGUUGCCUUCUAAUGAAUUAUCUCAAAAUUCCUAGCAUGUUGUCACAUGAUUGGGAUGGCAUGGACCCUACAAGCUUGCAGUGGCAUAGAACUUGAAAAUGUAGGCAAUUUGCCGGUUAAAUGCCCUAUGCACUAUAUAAAUUUAAAUGUAUACUUAAAGGGACACGGUCACCAGAACAACUACAGCUUAAAGGGACACUAUAGUCACCUGAACAACUACAGCUUAAUGUAUUUGUUCAGGUAUGAUCUAUAGCUCCCUGCAGGCAUGGAGGGCAGGCAGGCAUGGAAGGACCAGGGGGCUACAUAGUGUUUUAGGAAUACAUGCUUGUGUUCCUUAUCCUAUAAUGUUCUUUUAAAGCGGUUAUGUCGCCUUCCAAGGGUCUUUGCAUAUUUUGCAAAGACUCUAAAUAGAGACUGCUAGUUAGUAAUGUGGCCUACAUUUUCACUGAACAUUUUUCAUUGAAAUUCCAACACUCUAAGCAUUUUAUAAAGAUUUUUAUCGUUAUGGAAUGCUCAUAUGGGGAUCAGAGGGGGAGGGGUGCUGAGUUGAUUUGACUGAAGGAGUACUUAUUUUCCACCAGUUUUGUGGCUGACUAGACCUCUUCUAAGGGUGAACUUAAUUUGUCAUAUAUUUGUUUUACUCUAAAAUAAUAUAUGAAUUUGGCUUUCAGUGCAGAAAUACGGUCUAAGUAAUCAAAAUGAUGCAGCAUCAUUCACGGGACAAAGUUCUCUUACUUAUUCACGUAUUGUCAACCUUUUAUCUGCAUGAUUUCAUUAUUUAAAGAAGCUGUAACAUGUAAAUGAAAGGUGUGUUUUAUUUAUUUUAAAUUUUUUUUUUUUUUUUUGCAUAUAAAUGUCCUGUUUUGAUAGAAUUUAAGACCUGCUGUUCAAUAAGCCAUAAAACAUAUAAUCUCUCAUGGCAAGGGUUUUGGCAAAUGUUAUCUUCCACGGGAAUUCAUUUUCCCCCACAUAAAACAUAUAUUGUAUAUUUUAUGAUUCACUACAAUCACCCCCUAUGAUUUGUUGCUCUUGACAGGCUAAUAAAGAGAAUGUUGUAAUUCGCAAUAAAAGAGAGGGCAUAAGUCUAACCACUGCUGUCAAGAAAACCGAUGCACCAAAAGCUAUUCCUGCAAGUGGGGCUGUUUUACCAAAACCUAACCAGCGAAAAGAGGGUCGCGGCAUGACAAUUGGUCAGCCUUUCUUAAAAACAAAAAUCUUUAAUGACCCACAACUAAAGGAUGAAAAGUUAAAAAUGGAGUCAAGCAAAGAUAUUCUGGGGAAACCAUCAAAACCUGCACUUGGUAUUUAUCGUGGAAAAGUUGUUCAGUCCAAAAUUAACUCCUUUAGAAAUUCUUCUGAAAGAGCAAAUGAACACAACCUGACAGAUGAGGUCAAACUUGGUGCAACUGCUCUGAAGGUAGCAGCAACAAAAAAGUCAAGUGCACCCGUGAAACAAAUGGCAAAGCCAGCUCCCGCCAGUAGCACAGAACAGAAAAGACCACCUGCUUCUAAGGUCAGAGCACAGAUGAGACCUUCUGCCAUUAUCACUAAGAGCAAGACUGAACCAGUGGUAACACACAGGCACACAACAUCUUCAAUCCAUUCAAAGCCCAAGAUCCAAACUUUGCUACAGAGACCAAAUCCUGUGGCACACCAAGCAAAGAUGGUAAACAAAAGUGAUCGGACAGCUCAUUUGAAGCCAGUUGCUGUACCUCAAAAAAAUAAACCUGCUCAACAACCAACCACUGGGAACAAAUAUUCUAGACCAAUAGAAACUGCAGAGCAAAGGAGGUAUGUUCUUAUGCACAUAUUCAUGCUGUCUAAUAGUAUAAAACUUAUGUUUAUUCCAUUGCCAGAGAGACACAAAGCUUAGUGUAACUCAGCAUUGUGUUCAUCCCUGGUACAUGAAUGUGUUUUUAAAAAAAAAAAAAUAAAUGAUGGAAUAGAUUGCAUAAGUAGCGUGUUAACAUACUUAAGCAAAGUAGCUUGAGAAACACAAGGAGAGUAACGUAUGCGCUUCCAUUUACAAAAUAGGUGGUUUUGUGUGUCCGAACACUAUAAAUUUGGCUCAAAAUUUCACUCUUUAUAUUGUUUGCAAAUUAAAGCAGCACUGUCAUGCCGAACUUACCUUUCCUUUCCUCAAUCUCUUCCUCUUCACCCCCUCUCUCAAGAUCUGUUCUUCUUUUCUUCCUGUCUUCUUUAGUUUUCUUUAAAAUCAUAAGACAAAGUAGGGACACUUUGCCUUAUGGAGGUUUCCUCCGCUUGACCAGCGGAGGAGCAAAGUGUGCUUCAUUUCCGCUAGUCAGAGCAAUUUUCCCACAAUUCUUACCUUUCCUCUGUGUUCCCACGAUGCUUCCUGUCAUUUUAGACGAAACUGCCGAAUUGCGUUCUAACUGAAUGAGAACAGUAUGUUCGUUUCUUUUAGAACUCAAUUCGGCACUUUGUUCGUAUCGGAAUUUCAUUCGAAUGAAUGAAACUCCGAUCCUAUUCGUGCUGUGGCUGCAUCUUGCAGCCGCUAAGUAGAUAACUCCCUGAUACUGUGGGAAUUAGGGAGUUAUCUACUAAAAGGCUGAAAGACCUAAAUUGGUCUUUCAGCCACAUUUACUAAUACCAAGUAAAAAUUAAAAAGACGUUGAAUGGUAAGUUUAAUUUUACUUUACAGGUAAGUUAUUUAUUUAUUUUUAUUUUUUUUAUGGUGAGGGGUAGGUAGGGAAUUUUUUUUUAAUUUUUUUUUGGGGGGGUGGGUGACUUGGGGACCCCUAGUCGCCUUUGAUUGGGGGAUAGUAGGGGUGUGUGGGGUGUGUUUUUUUUUUUUUUUUUUUUUUUUAACAGUGAGCAGCCACAUGCUGCUCACUGUUUAGUUUACAUGUCCCUACUCGCGGUAUAGCAAGUAGGGGCAUUGGGGAGAUUUUAAUCUCCCUUGUGCUAUUAUGGGGGUCAUAUUGACCCCAAUAGAGAGAGGGGGAGACCUGGGGGCUUAUGAAGUGGUGGGGAGCACUGCUCCCUGCCGCUUCUAUAUUUACAUAUGAUAAGGAGAGACCUGUGUGCCGGUAGCUCCCUCCUUGUAAUAAACUGAAAGAACACUGAUACAGUGUUGGUUUGUUCGACUGAUUUUUCUAUUCAUUCAUUUCGUCUGUCUGAUGAAUGAAUAGAUGAAAUUCCCAUUCGCAUGUCCCACAGGGACUUAGUCUACCCACACAAAGAUGGCGGCGCCCUGAAUAUAGAUCGAGGCAGAAAAUAAGUGGGGGGGGAGGGGGGGAAAUAGGUAAUAUGUGGGCCUUAGGGGCAUUUGGGGGUGACUAAGGGGUAAAUUAGAGAUAGUGGAGGGGGGGUUAAAAAAAAAAAAACGGGAUUCAGCAUGACAGUGCCGCUUUAAUUGUCCAAAUCAAACUGCUGGUAAAUGAUGAAUCUGCCUUUAGUAAAUAUGAGCAUUUCAAAUUCCAUUAUUGUAACUGACCUUUGCUGAUGCAGGCUAGAUUUUGUUCUCUGUUAAUAAGCAUGUAUGGCUUUUCUGUUUGACAAACUGGGGCUCUUGAGCAUCCAUAGAUCAGACUGAUUGGCAAAUAAAAUGCAUGAGGGUCUUGGGACUGGGCUUUUAGUUUUAGAAUACAAUUACCAGUCUUUGAUGUACAACAUCACUCUGUUAGCAAGUAAACACAUGCCUGCUGGGACAUAACCAGUUUCUAUGUUCUGUCCAGGGCCCGUCUGGCAGAGUGGAGAGCUGCUAAAGGGAAGGUAAUAAAAAGACCCCCAACUGCAGUACCAAAGUCUUGUACUACAAGCAAAGUGCCGAAAGAAAUAGAGUUCAAGAGUGAGUCAGAGCCACCAAGAGAUAUCGAAGAACCUGGCCAAUUGUUCUGGGCGACCAUGGCAGAAGAAGAUGAGCAGGAACUGUUUACACAGAAGGUUAACCAAAUGUUUGAAGAAUGCCGAAAGUUAAUUGAUGAGGUAUUUUAAAUUCAUAUUCAGUGUCAAAAUUGGUGUAAUAUGUGUGAAGGCUGAUGGAAUAACAUUAGCUGAGUGUUUGUUUUAAAAAAAACAAAAACAUAAAAAUGAACCAAGACUUUAGAUACAUAAACAUGCGUGCACACUUUAAAAAAUAAUUUAAAAAAAAAAGUGUGUGUGUGUGUGUGUCUCCUCCUCCCGGGGAAUAGGGUAGUAGCUCAAGAGUUAUGGCUGUGGCUUACAUGUGAAGCAAAGCUAAUAUUAUGCUAGCCAUGCCCUGCUAUGUAAAACUAAGUGGGAUGCUAUGUAAGAGAUGGGGUUAUGUGCUAAAGUGAAUUAAAUAAUAAAGUAUUUAACCAGGAAAGGUACCAGUACAUUCAGAUUACUCUGGUUUUCAAGUAUGUCCUGGGGAUGUUGCCAUAGCCCAACAUCUAGGGGUUGUUACUAUUACCCAAUUUAAUGGUACUCAUUUUAUCUACCUCAGAAGGAUGAAGGGCUGAAUCAACCCUACCGGGAUUUGAACCUGCGACCCAAGGGUUGAAAAGAUUCUACUAAUGAAUUUCAAACUUAAGAUAAUGUAACCAAACUGAAAGCAUAGCUUACUUAAUUUCUCAGCUCCGCUAUUUUGAUCUUGUAUUUGAAAUCUCCUUUGCAACUCACAGGGUUAUUUGCUAAAGUGAGUAUUUAAAUAACUUCCCAACCUUGUAGAACCACCACUGGGCCCUUAUACAUAUUCAUUUCAGAUGAUCAAAUUUCACUUAUUUGAUGCUGAAAUAGUAGUAAGGAGGCUGAACAUGCAGUUAGAAUGGAGAGAAACACCGGAGGUUCCUUCGCAGACUUAAUUAGUACAACUCCUUAAACGUGUAGCCGUUUAGCUGAAACGGUCCAGGCACAUCAAAGUCUUUCUUUUCAUAAGCAACCUAUUUCAGAUUCAGCAACGUUUCAGCUCCAUGAUAGAACAACUAUCAGACUUUAGAAAGGUUCUUUUUGUAGAGCCAAAUAGUUGUUAAAUUUAUUAGUUUGCUUAGGUCUCCUUGUUCUGCUUGGACAUUUUCUACUAACUUAGAUUUGCCACCAGUGAGUGUUCUUGAUAGUGUUCUACAAAAAAAAUAUGAAAUUCACUGUUGUAUAAAUCCUUUUAAUUAAACCUCAAAGUAAAAACUCCAGUAGACCAUCACUGUUAAGCCUGCUCUUUUGCUGGAUGGCUGUAUCCGUAUACCAGAAGUAUGAUAUUGAACAAGUAAUAUCCUCCAACUUACAAGAAUCCUAUUCCCUCUCUUAUUCCCUUAUCAAUUCAAAAGGACUGUCCAAAGGAGGAUGUUCUUGAACUACUGGAGACUCAAGUCCAGAGCCUUCCGGAAGCAAAAAAGCUUUCAAAGUAUUGGAUCUGUCUUGCACGUCUUGAGCAGCGAGAGGGGCAACUGGAAAAAGUUAUUGCAAUCUGUGAGGAAGCGGCGAAAGCUGGAGCACAGGUUAGUUUGACCCCUUGUUUAGUAUGUAUAUUCUCUCUUGCGAGGAAUGCUGCAUAAGCAUGUUAUGAGCUCUUGAAGUUGACAAUCUAGAGCAAGGGUCAGCAACCUAUGGCACGUGUGCCGUGGUUAGCACUCGAGGUGCCUUUGCACAGCACUCAAAGCUGCCAGAGAAAAACAGUCUCUGGCCUAUCAGAAGUCCUAGUGGGAAUUCAUGUCUGCUAGUGCAAACCAAGCUGUGAUUGCAGGUGGUGAGGGACGAUUCUCAAUUUAUGCAAUGCAGCACUUAGAGGAAGUGAUCUUACACUUCCUCCCAGCAAUUGUGAACAAAAAUCUGCACUGAAGUAUAGCAGCAGCUAUCGCAGCUUCUGCUUUUAACCUAUAACGGGCCAACCUGGAUUCCACUGUACUCUAGGGGUGCCAAAUACACAGAUUAAGCCUCCCCCUCAUACAAAUAAUACAAACACACAUGUACAGUGCCUACAAACACAAUACUACUGGUAAUCCGCACGCACACCACAAGCGGCCUCUCACAUGCAAUACCACAACAACCUCACACAUAUAGACACAAUGUGACAUAUCAUACACAAUACCACAAACUACUCAUAAGCCUAAACCAAAUAACAGCCCACAUGCACACAAAUACAACACUGCAAAGCAACUGUGGCACCCAUAAAGAACACAAGCAGAAUGCAGCAACAUACAACUCUAAUUUAAAAAAAUAAAAAAAAAUAAAACCAGCACGCGGCAGGACUUAAAGAUCUUGUUUUGGCACAUUACUACUAAAAUAUUGCCUUCCCCUGUUCGAGAAUGUCUAGUAAUCAAUGUACUACUUGAGAAGGGAGUCAUGACUCCAGCUGUAAGGACUAGUCUUCAUAACUUUGUUAUAGCAGUUAAUUGCACUGAAGACCUGGAUCUCAUUUCUUUUGGGGGUAGUUUACAAUGGUUAGCUUUCAAUGAAUGUCUGCAUAGUAACAUUCCCGACCAUGCCUGGUUAUUCUGGAAAUCAUAAUCAGUGGUGAAAACUGGAGAUUGCAGUACUGUAUUAUUCAACUUUGUGGAUGUUUGCAGUUUGACAGUUUAUUGCUUUUAACAUUUAGUAUUUUAUCAAUUUUGUAAUCUAUUUUUUUUUUUUUUUUUUUUUGAAGCCAUUUGAUGAACUAAGAAGCAUUUUUGCUGUAGUUGUGGAAAAAUUGAAAGCUGCGUCUUUGGAUUCCGGUAUGUGACUUAAUUGUCCAUGUGAUCUUCCCAUCAUCCAGCCUUUCAUCAGUAACCAGCUUGCAAUAAAAUAACAGAACUGUGGCAGGAUGAAAGACCUUUUGGUUUACUUUGGCAAACAAAGUUGCCAGUAGACUGUGGUGGAAAGGGAAACUAGUUUUUCAACACUGAGAGCCUGAAAUGCAAAUAAGUGUUUGGAAAGCUAUAAGGUUUUGGUUGUGGUGUGGGUUUUUUUUUUUUUUUUUGCGUCCCAUGUAUCUUUCUGUACUUCAGUUCCACUAGUUCUAAUCAGGUGAUCCCUACUGGAAUGCUCAUUUACAGGUGUACUGGUUCUGGAAAAAGAAGAUAUAGUAGACUACCUGCAAGCUGGUAUUGCUAGAUUGGUUAAUUUCAUUAAACUAAGGGUCUGUUAAAGUGAAUAUAACAUGCUCAAAGCAAUUGUAUCAAUCUUAUCUUUUUGGUUAUCAAUCUAUGGCCUCAAUUUAUUAAAGGGACUCUCCAGUGCAAGGAAGACAAAUCGUUUUCCUGGCACUGCAGGUCCCCUCUUCCUCCCACCUCCCAUUCCCGGUUGCUGAAGGGGUCAAAACCCCUUCAGUGACUUGCCUGAGGCAGCGCCGAUGUCCCUUAGCGCUGCUUCUGGGUCCGCCCACGCUCCACCACGUCAUCCAGCGGGGUAGACCGAUCAAGCCUGCCGGCGGGGGAGACCUAAUGCGCAUGCACGGCAAUGCUGCGCAUUAGACCUCUCCAUAGGAAACAGUGAAAAUGCUUUCUUUUGGGGAUUUUAACGACGCUGGAGGUCCUCACACAAAACCUGUGCUAAAUCCUGGAAGUGCCCUCUAGUGGCUGUCUAGUAGACAGCCACUAGAGGAGGAGUUAAGCCUGCAAUGUAAUUAUUGCAGUUUAUGAAAACUGCAAUAAUUACACUUGCAGGGUUAAGGGUAGUGGGAGUUGGCACCCAGACCACUCCAAUGGGCAUAAGUGGUCUGGGUGCCUGGAGUGUCCCUUUAAUCUUUCUAAAUGAUUCAAUACGUCUAGAAAAACCUUUUUUCCAAACGAUUUAUGUACAGAAAUCUUGUAGAUAAAUAAUUGGGAAAGCUUUUUCUAACCGCAUUGAAUCAUUUAAAAAGCUCGUUAGAAACCAUACCCAAGCAUGGAAUUGCUGCCGGGCGUCUGAGUCUCAUUUGCCGCAAGACAGCCCUGCAGUCCAUACAGCACGAACCUGUGAACGGGACAAUUAUCCUCUAUGAUCUCCCAGUGUACACCGCUAAUCGGCAAGCUUACGGAGUAGGCUGAGUGUGCAUUAUGAGUCCCCUCUGAGUUCAAAAGCCAUUUGCCAUAUUUAACACGUUUACUCUAACUGUACAGAACAAAGUUAUGCUUCACCUAGCAUGCUCAAGGCACCUCAGUCUCAGGUUGACUUUGGUUCCAGGAGGCUUUACCCAGACACCAAGUUACCAGUGGUGGUAAUUUAGUUUAGUUUUCCUUUUCUCUGGCUCCUCAAGGCAUGUUUUUUUAAAUAUGUCACUGCCUACCUUUUCUUUGUGCAAUUGAAUUACAGGCGAAGUGUAUACUAGUGGUUUAAUAAUUAUUUACAUCCUCUUGUUACUUAUAACUUAAAGUGAGUCCUAAUCAGUACAUAUAGCCUGAUUUAAAUGCUGUAUCACAUUAACUAUCUACUGAUGUAAAUCUUAUUAGCCUAUCAUUAACACAAAAAUGUGCAGUCUCUUUAAAUGCCAUGCUCAUUAUUUGUACUGUCUGUUUGCUUGUUACUACUGUCGUGGCAUGGCAAGCUUACAUGUUAAUUUUAUGCACAGCAAAAAUAAAGAUUUAAAAAAAAAAAAAAGCUUGUUAGAGACUGAAUUAGUAAGGCUUAACCGAUGUUCAGAGAGCCAAAUUCUUUGAGAUGAGAUGGAAUUUGUCCCUUUAUAGAUCCAGUACACAUGUUUUGAGAGGUAUGCAUUUAGAAUAUGAAGUCAUUUUCUCAGGGUUCUCUUCCUUCAAUUGAGUAGUCUGUUUUUUUUCAUCUGCCGUUUGUUUUUUUUUAAGUUCUAAAAUAAUUAGAAUAAUUCUAAAUACAAUGUUUCCAGGGAAGGAUCUCAAAGAUGAAGUCACGACCAAUGAAGACUCUACAAAAGCAGAGGAAUCUGAGCAUGAAGUUAAAUCUGAACCUGUUGAACAGGGAGGCGUCACUGUCCGAGUCAAAGGCAAAAGAGGAAAGAAGGGAAGGCCUGUUAAGGCAGAAGACCGAGAUGAGACACCAGAGAAAAAUCAACCGGCCAUGCUGGUGACCCCAGAAAAAGAGAAUGCUACGGUUAUAAGAUUUAAUGUUAGAUCAACUCCACAUCUAGAGAAGUAAGUCUUUUUAAAAAAAAAAAAAAAAAAAAAUUAAGUUGUCACUUCUGAUUAUCAUAAAGUUUUCAUAGAAGCCAUAGUGCCAGGGGACACCUGAUACCCAUUAUCCCCUCUCCUCCCUCACUCCUUGCUCUGCACUGCCAGGCUUUGUUCAGGUACAGUUUCUCUCACCAUAGGAAGUAGUGGACACUGGGAGGAGCUGUAAUUGCCAUUGAGAGUUUCUUUCCGAACCCUUACAGUGACUAGUGUCCCUUUAACAACUAAAUCUCAUUAAAGUGGCUACCCCUGGAACCAUCCUUCCUUUCAGUGUUACAGUUUUUCGUAUUUUAAUACUAUAUGAGAAUUACCAAAAGCUCCUUCCAGUAUGAAUUGGUGUGACUAGAAGGUGUGUAAAUUGUCUCUCUGAUUUAGCUACACCUUCACUGGGGGGCAUUGCUUUGGGAAACAAAGGACACUCAUUCGGUGAUAAACUUCUCAAAAUUGUUGACUUGACAUGGUGGGAAAGUGCCAGGUGAAGGGGGACGGGGCCUGACCAAGCUGCUUGGCCGCAUGUAACUAGCACUCUGUGCAAGAGACCCUUAAAGAGCAGAUAAACUGAUAAUUUUCAAAUCCGCUGUUUUACUAAGGGGAAGAAACCGGCGUUACCCUGGUAUUUUGGAGGCGAGCACAGGAGAAACGGCCCAUCUCCCUGCUACCUGACCUGCUGGCAAAUACUCAACAAGUCGGAAACACCGUUUCCCUUAUGUACCAGCCUGAUUUUGCUAGCUUUGAACCAGCUUCUCAUGUCAAUGCCAACCUGCACUAGCGGUCAGGGGGAGUUCUCUUACUAAGUAGUACUGCCAUUAAGCAGACAGAUCACUUGUCCUGUAAUCAUUGCUUGAUUAUUGAUCGAGCAUUGCUUGACUAUCAGGCUGUAAAGCUAAAUCUCUUACCUAACAUCCAAAGCUGACUGUAAUUCAUACUGUUUAAAGGUUAAAGCGCGUGUCACUUAAUUGAGCUGCACAUGGUUAGCAGAUCACACCAGUUUUGUCUCCUGAUUAGUUACCCCAAAUCUAGUCAGCCUAGGCUGCAGUUGUAUCAAAUUUGCUAACUAGACCAACCUAUCCUAGCCUGAUGACUCUUCUUUAUAACACUGUAUAGUGACCUUGAAUGUUAUAGCCUGUAAGUGCAGACAUAUAUAAUUAGUCUUUUUCCCUGUUCUUCCUGUUUACUCGAAAAAUAUUAACAAAAAAGACUGUCAAUCUGGAGCUUAUAUAAAUAAGCAUUUUAUUGUGUUGCUAUCUGAUCAUCUGUUAUGACUCAGUUUCUUUUUUCUGUACCAUAUCUACCAAUGCCUUAAUAAAAGAAAGGUUGACAAAAAGAGUGCCAGGACAUUCCAGGCACUAUAACCAAAUUCAGUUAGAUUAAAUGGUUAUGCAGCACUUUGCCCCAAAGUAGCACCUGCUCUUGCUUUGAUCUCUCUAAUAAAAUUUUUUUUUUAUUUAUUUAUAUAUAUAUAUAUAUAUAUAUAUAUAUAUAUAUAUAUAUAUAUAUAUAUAUAUAUAUUUUAGUUUAAUACCUGAUUAUUACAUACAAUACCUACUCCUAUGUACAUAGUUACAUAGGCUGAAAAGAGACUUGCAUCCGAGUUCCGGCAUUCUCACUGUUUUUGCUGUUAAUACAAACGAAAGCAAAAAACAUUUGACGUGCUUUCCAAUUUUGCAACUUACUAGGAAAAAAUCUCUUAUCAACCCCAGAAUGGCAGUCAGAUCUCUCCUUGGAUCAAGUAGCUUAUAACCCACCUAUAAAUAAAUUUUAAAAAUGUAAUAUAGAUCUGUCUCCGUCUCGAUCUCGCUAUCCCUGCAUAUUUUUUUUGCAAGUAUUCAACCAUUUGCCAUUUAAAUCACCUCUUGAGGCAGAGAAUUCCACAUCCCUAUUGUUCUUGCCACAUGUGCUACACCUACAGUAGCUGUAAUAUUUUACUCCAUUAGUUCUAUGAAUUGGAGUCCUCUGUUUUGUAAUGGUUUUUUAAAUGGAAUGUUUUCUACCUGCAGAAUGAAGAAUAGAAUUCAGGGGGAUGAAUGUGAUUCCGCUUUUAAGGAUUUUAAGUUCAUAACUCCAGUAAGACGCUCUCACCGGAUUGAACGCAAGUCACAUCACCUUCCAGAUAUGUUGAAAGACCAUGACCCAUGUGUUUCUGGUAUUGCUGAACUGGCUGACUUGGAGUCCUGUCCUAGUGCCUAUAUAUUCAGGAAAAACCAAGCUCUCACUGAAAUUACUGUCAAAAGUGUUCCUCUCAAAAGACAAACAAAACGUACAUAAAGGCAUGGACUUGCGCAAUCUGUCUUUAAGUUAAAUAUUAAUGUUUGGGCUGCAAGCUUAAAUUAAUUGAAUAUUCUAUAGAUCUGUGGUAAAGGAACCUAUUUUUCCAGUUGCAGAACUGCAAAUCUGUAGGGGAUUCCAUUAGUCUAGGUCAGACAUGGCAAAAUGAAAGCCUUAGACUGACUGUACAACAAGUUUUGCUACUACUAAAGCCCUGCUUUGUGACUCGAUUUACUCUCACUCGAGGUGAUAGUUUUGUUUACUUGCUGAACUGUGCCAUGAUAAAGUAAAGAUCUUUAAAGGAUCAAAAGAGAUCUGUAGGGUAAUCAAAUAAUCUAAACUUGCAUUUUACUCUUACAUAAAUGUUUGUCAGCCUGUGUUUUAUCUGCUUAUUGUCUGGAACCAACGGUACUUAAACAAUGGCUGCCUCCACAAGGGAGUAUAUACAUACCACACAUUGGCAAUAAAGUGUGUGUGUGUGUGUACAGGAUUUCAACAUUUUAGGGAACGUCAUCCAUUAGAAACCUAACUGUAAACUGUUUAACUCCUUAAGGACACAACUUUUGGAAUAAAAGGGAAUCCUGAUGGAAUAUUUCCGUCAUGUGCACUUAAGGGUUUAACAGCUUUGUGUGUAUAUGCCUCAGAACAUGAUAUCCAUAAAGACCGGUUUGAUGCAUGUGAUUAAGUCACUAUCCUAAUAGACUUUUUUUUGUUCUGCUACUGUUUUUAACUACUAAUGAAGACCUUGCUGUACAGGGUUAAUGUAUCCAUUCUGCUUGUAGUUCUCCCUUUCAGUUUUCCAUUGUCCUGGUUAGCAGUGCCUGACUCUCUGGCUGGCAAAGCCUGCACACUUGAUAUAGAUUAGUAUAAGACUCAUUCAAUGUCCAAAAUAAAGAUUGGCAUCAAAUGCUCCCUCAGUAGCAGUGUGAGGCUUGGUGUUACUGCAAGGUCCCCUAAGUAAUGUUUGAGACUAUCCUCUGCUUUACUUAUUUGUAUCCAGUUUGUGGCUCAGUGAUAUCCCAGAAGAUUAACCAAAUCUGUAAAAAGGCAGGGGAAAUAAAAAUAAACUAUACACAAACAUGCUCUCACUAGGGUAAUAUAAGUUGAAGUAAAAAAAGGCACAUUUAAUCCUUUCAGGACCAAUAUUUCACAGCAGUCAAAAUCUGCACAAAACCCAAUGGCAGAUGUUCCACUUUGAACUAGAAUCUUUAAAGGUUGGGGCAGAGGGGCACUAUAGUGUUAGGCAUACAGUUUUGAAUCCCUAACACUCUAGUGUUCCUUUUAAGACACAACUGAAACUCUGCUAAUGUAUACUGCAAGCAAUUUAUUUGCUAAUCAUUUUUAUUUUUUUAUUUUUUCUCUCCAGUUUAGUUUUGGUUGUGUUUUUUUUUAUAAUGGUCACUGAUCCUGUUACAUUGGCACAUGUCUGUCUGAGAUUUGAACAAUGUAUGUUUUAAGCUGAAGUAUAGUAGAUAAAAUAGGAUUCUCUUCCUGCUUAAAGCAAUCUUUAUGAAAUACUCAGUUUGACUGUUUUGGAAUUGCACUGAAAUUCCAACCCAGUCAAAAUAGAUACUUCUACAAAGUAAGGUCUACGUUUUGUCUCUGUAGAUUUCCUUUGCCUGACUUUGGGUGGGUGUACAAUGCCAAUCGUGAUGGCUUCAGGGAAUUGGCUCUAUGGAGGAUCUCACGGGAUUCUCCAUAGAUCUCAGUGCUGUACUCACACGCCCCCCAGCUGUGAUGUCACUGUUGAGAAGGUGAAUGUACCCGUUAACUUCUUUCCAAUAACUUUUUCUCAGAAGUUUCCCUGCCAGUGUCCAUUUCCAAACUUGGAUUUUAAACAGAUUGUGCAGAGCCCAGUAGUUUAGAAGCCCAUAUAUGGGGAUAGAUCAAGUUGUGGUAGCUUGUUAAUUUUAGAAUUAAAAGUUGCUUUUUAAAGGAAUAAAUAUAAACUUAAAUUUUUUUUUUAUUUUUUUUUAUAAAAUUUGGUUCAGUACAAAAGACCAGUUCCAUUUAUGUUAUCCCUUAAUUGAAUUGACAAAUGCUCCAGGCCAAUGCAUAAAGAAGGGGAAUGAAUUGAGCUAAUCAGUCAGGGCUUACAUUUUUCACUUGCCUUAUAGCCACUGUCACGUGAAAAUUUAAAUUGAGGCAAGAAGAAACUCCCCCAUAUGUGUUAUCUAUGAAUCUCCCUCCCCUCUCAGCCUUGCAGUAGCAUAGUUUAGGCCUGUAGUGUAGGAUUUGUAAUUUUGAGCCCUGAUGCCUAUAAUACAGAACUGUAAUGUGGUCCAGUCGCUAUAAAAUACUUUAAAUAUUUUACUCUCUAGGUUUUGGUGCCUAAACAAAGCACAACUGAUGCAGUUGUUUAUAUGGUAGUGCAACUUUAAAAUGAACCCAUAGAUUCUUCCUAAAAAUGACUAAUGUAUUUUUUUUUUUUUUUUUUUAUUGUUUUAAUGGAGACUGGACUUAAGCCACUUCACAGAACAGUUCCCCCCCAAAAAAAUUUCACGGCAGUGCUUUUCCUUCUUUCAUUGUACUUCACAGAACAGUGUCUUCUUUUAGAUGUCAUGUGCACAGAACUUUUAAAGGUGAUUUACAAGGGUCAGGUCUGCGAGGAUUCUUGGAGCCUGGCAGGGAACCAGGUAAGAGGGCAAACAAUUGAAAAACAUUUUGCCCCAUUACCAGGGGAAUGGAGCCCAGGGUACUGCUCACAUCAUAACCGCUACAGUGGACUGUACUGGUUAUGAUCCUUAAAGUAUCCCUUUAAAUGCUGGUACCCGAACAGUUCAAUUACUGCUUGUUUAUUGUGUAUCUAAGCUUUGCAUACAUGUGAAGAACUGCACACUAAAAUAUAAAUGUAUUUUAUCUAUGUAAAUAAAACUAUUCUAUUCUGUAA